GGGCGGAGGUGAUAGAACGCUCGGCUCUUCCCCGUUCCAUCCGGCCUCCUUCCUCCGAGGGGAAGAUCGCGUUUUCUCUCUCGCCCCUCUUACCCCCUGCCCCGCCGCGGGAGCCCGCUUUGCAAAAAGGGGACACGCCAGCGCCACCCUCCGGCCACCGAGCCGCACUGCACCCUCCCCCCGUCUCUCUCCCCCCUGCUCCGACUCUCAAUGUUCCACACUGCCCGGCCACAGAGCCGCCUCUGCUCCUUUAUAUCCCCCCCGGCUUCCUCCAGCCCCUCCACCGAUACUGUAUCCCCUUCCCUCCCCCCCUCCAUCCCUCCCCUCCGACCUAACACCGGGACAGGACGCCUGCGAAGUUCACCACAAUGUCCAGUGACAGGCAAAGGUCAGAUGAUGAAAGUCCAAGUACCAGCAGUGGUAGUUCAGAUGCAGAUCAGAGGGACCCGCCAGCACCAGAACCUGAAGAGCAAGAAGAAAGAAAACCUUCUGCAACCCAACAGAAGAAAAAUACCAAACUAUCCAGCAAAACUACUGCUAAGCUAUCCACUAGUGCUAAAAGAAUUCAGAAGGAGCUAGCUGAAAUAACCCUUGAUCCUCCUCCUAACUGCAGUGCUGGCCCUAAAGGAGAUAACAUUUAUGAAUGGAGAUCAACUAUACUUGGACCUCCAGGUUCUGUAUAUGAAGGAGGUGUUUUUUUCCUGGAUAUCACAUUUUCAUCUGAUUAUCCAUUCAAGCCACCAAAGGUUACUUUCCGUACCAGAAUCUAUCACUGCAACAUCAACAGUCAGGGAGUCAUCUGUCUGGAUAUACUGAAAGACAACUGGAGCCCUGCUUUGACUAUUUCAAAGGUUUUGCUGUCUAUUUGUUCUCUCUUGACAGACUGCAAUCCUGCUGAUCCUCUGGUCGGAAGCAUAGCCACUCAGUACCUGACCAACAGAGCAGAACAUGACAGGAUAGCCAGACAGUGGACCAAGAGAUAUGCAACAUAAAUGACAAACUACUUGUGCUCUGUGAGGGUGCAGAAGGCAACUUUACAGUGUGCAACAAAUCUUUAUAGCCUUUACAAUACGGACUUCUGUGUAUAUGUUAUACUGAUUCUACUCUCUGCUUUUAUCCUUUUGAAGACUGGGAUUCUGCCCCCUAAAAAAGGUAAAUGCUAUCAGGAGUAGAACUUUGUAGCUGUAGAUUAGUUAUGUUUAAAAAGCCUACUUGCAAGUCUUGCUUCUUUGGGAUAUCAAAAUGUAUUUUGUGAUGUACUAAGGAUACUGUUCCUGAAGUCAACCAAAUAUUAUAGUGCAUUUUAGCCUAAUUCAUUAUCUGUAUGAAGUUAUUAAAGGUAGCUGUAGAUUACUAGGAAUUAUGUCAUUUGUAUUAAACCCAGAUCUAUUUCCAAUAUGUGGUACAUGCUGUUGUGAAAACUGUUUUAACUUUUACCUUUGUCAGUUUGUAAUGAAAGGAUUUCCUUUUCCCCUUUGUAGCUCAGAGAGCACCCAGUGUAUCAUCUCAAACACAAUAAACAUGUUCCCCAAGGAGCA